AUGGCUGCCAUUGGAUCCAUGGUGUUCUGCACCGACUGCGGAAACCUGCUGCCGGCGACAAAGGGAACCGAGCAGAAUGUGCUUAGCUGCGAGUGCUGUAGCGCCGAAAAUAAAGAUACCGGCGCAAAGGUCAUUGUGACCAAGUCAAAGCCGUCUGAUUUCCCUUCAUUUUUGCGCCAAAAGCUCCAGUCCAGCGUGCAGGCCGUUGAGCGCCAUACCCUCAACACCGAGAGCUCCGUUCGCGAACGAUGCCCAAACUGCGGCCGAGAAGAAGUCAAGUACACAACGGUGCAACUGCGAAGUGCCGACGAAGGCUCAACCGUCAUUUACAAUUGCGAAUGCGGAUACAGCUGGCAUGAGAACAAUUAA